CUAUAUCUUCUCCACUCUUAUCCAACCCAGUCUUCUCUCCGUCUCUCCAAACCCUAGAUCCUGGGUCCCUCCCUUCCUCUCUCUCGGGAAUUUUCAUUGUUUUUUGUUGUUUAAUUUUACAGACGCUUCAGCCACUCUCGGUGUCGGAAACCAUAAUACUCUCUCUCUCUCUCUCUCCCUCUCGCCGAUAGAGCUGAAAGAGGAAGAUGGGUGAAGUCAAGGACAACGACUACGAAGAAGAGCUCGUCGACUUCGAAGAUGAUGACCCUAAGGCCCCCGACUCCGCCUCAGCUAGACCCGCAGCUGAUUCCGUCAAGAAGGGCUAUGUUGGGAUUCACAGUUCGGGAUUUAGAGACUUCCUGUUGAAACCAGAGCUUCUUCGAGCCAUAGUGGAUUCAGGAUUUGAACAUCCAUCAGAAGUGCAACAUGAGUGCAUCCCUCAAGCUAUCCUAGGAAUGGAUGUCAUCUGUCAAGCAAAAUCUGGUAUGGGGAAAACUGCUGUCUUUGUUCUAUCAGCUCUUCAGCAGAUUGAACCUGUUGCUGGUCAAGUGGCGGCUCUUGUUCUUUGCCACACAAGAGAACUAGCUUACCAGAUUUGUCAUGAAUUUGAGAGGUUCAGUACAUAUUUACCUGACAUCAGGGUUGCUGUUUUCUACGGUGGUGUCAAUAUCAAGAUUCACAAGGAUAUUCUAAAAAAUGAAUGUCCUCAUGUUGUUGUUGGAACACCCGGACGAAUAUUGGCUCUAGCAAGGGAUAAAGAUCUUGGAUUAAAGAAUGUGAGGCAUUUUAUUCUUGAUGAGUGUGAUAAAAUGCUAGAAUCACUUGACAUGAGGAGAGAUGUUCAGGAAAUCUUCAAGAUGACUCCUCAUGACAAGCAAGUGAUGAUGUUUUCAGCAACUCUAAGUAAAGAGAUCCGUCCUGUUUGCAAAAAAUUUAUGCAAGAGCCAAUGGAAAUUUAUGUUGAUGAUGAGACAAAGUUGACUCUUCAUGGUCUUGUACAGCACUACAUUUUAUUGAAAGAGGCAGAGAAAAACCGCAAAUUGAAUGAUCUUCUUGAUGCAUUGGACUUCAAUCAAGUUGUUAUUUUUGUCAAAAGUGUUCACAGAGCAGCUGAGCUGAACAAGUUACUCGAGGAGUGUAACUUCCCCUCUAUUUGCAUCCAUUCAGGAAUGGCUCAGGAGGAAAGGUUGAAACGUUACAAGAAUUUCAAGGAGGGGCAAUCAAGAAUUCUUGUGGCAACAGACUUAGUAGGAAGGGGGAUUGAUAUAGAGCGUGUUAACAUUGUUAUCAACUAUGAUAUGCCAGAUUCAGCUGAUACAUACCUGCACAGGGUGGGUAGGGCUGGCAGGUUUGGGACCAAGGGGCUUGCAAUCACAUUUGUCUCAUCUGCAGCUGACUCAGAUGUUCUUAAUCAGGUUCAGUCGAGGUUUGAGGUGGACAUAAAGGAGCUUCCGGAGCAAAUUGAUACUUCAACUUACAUGCCAUCAUGAGGGAUUGGUUUAUGGUGGAAGAACAAACCUGUAUGCAAUAGUGUUCCCGAUGAUGGAAGUCAGCGGGCAGUUGUGUGUUAGUGACAGUACUGUUGUUUUUAAUGUAGAAUAUUGAGAUCAUUCGGCGAAGGAUUAGUAGAAUUAUUCAGAUAUUGUACUCCCCGUGUUUUGACGCGUGUAAUUCUGGGCCAAGCUUUACUGCUUAAAAUAGGACUUUAUGCUAUCGGUUCUAAUUUUAUUAGAUGUUUACUUAAUCUUAAACUAAUUUAUUAGAUGUUGGAUUUCCUUUAUUUAA